GCCGCCGCCGCCGCCGCCGCCGCCGCCGCCGCUAGCAGCUCCUCCGCUCCGCCCCGGUCCUGGUGCGGCCCGGCCGGCCCGCGGGGUGCAGAGCCGAGGUCCGCGGCCGACCGCAUGAAGGACUGCGAAUACCAGCAGAAGCCCGGGGCCGCCCCGCCGCCCGCCUCCCCCGGGGCGCGCCGCCCCGGCCCCGCCGCGCCCCCCGGCCCGGGCCCCGGGCCCCCGCCGCCCGCCGCCGCGCCGCGCUGGAGCAGCAGCGGCAGCGGCAGCGGCAGCGGCAGCGGGAGCAUCGGCCGCCGCCCGCGGCGUAAGUGGGAGGUGUUCCCGGGCCGCAACCGCUUCUACUGCGGCGGCCGCCUUAUGCUAUCCGGCCACGGCGGCGUCUUCGCCCUCACGCUGCUGCUCAUCCUCACCACCACCGUCCUCUUCUUCGUCUUCGACUGUCCCUUUUUGGCCCGCCAGCUGACCCUCGCCAUCCCCAUCAUUGCUGCCAUCCUGUUUUUCUUCGUCAUGAGCUGCCUGCUACAGACAAGUUUCACCGACCCCGGAAUCCUGCCCCGGGCCACCGUCUGUGAGGCUGCGGCCCUGGAGAAACAGAUCGACAACACAGGCAGUUCCACGUACCGGCCACCCCCUCGGACCCGGGAGGUGAUGAUCAAUGGGCAGGUGGUGAAGCUGAAGUACUGCUUUACCUGCAAGAUGUUUCGGCCGCCCCGGACCUCACACUGCAGUGUCUGCGACAACUGUGUGGAACGGUUUGACCAUCACUGCCCCUGGGUGGGCAACUGUGUGGGGAAACGGAACUACCGCUUCUUCUAUGCGUUCAUUCUUUCCCUCUCAUUCCUGACGGCCUUCAUCUUCGCCUGUGUGGUCACCCACCUGACGCUGCGCUCUCAGGGAAGCAACUUCCUCUCCACUCUGAAGGAGACACCAGCGAGCGUGCUGGAGUUGGUGAUCUGCUUCUUCUCCAUCUGGUCCAUCCUGGGCCUCUCAGGGUUUCACACUUACCUCGUCGCCUCCAACCUGACAACUAAUGAAGACAUCAAAGGCUCGUGGUCCAACAAGAGGGGCGGUGAGGCCUCUGUCAAUCCCUACAGCCAUAAAAGUGUUAUCACUAACUGCUGUGCUGUGCUCUGCGGCCCCCUACCUCCCAGCCUGAUUGACCGGAGGGGAUUUGUGCAGUCUGACACCGUGUUGCCCUCGCCCAUCAGAAGCGACGAGCCAGCCUGCAGAGCCAAGCCUGAUGCCAGCAUGGUAGGAGGCCACCCCUGAACCGUGCUCAGUACUUGCCACCUGCUGGCCUGUAUGCCCCUCCGCACUCACCUGCCGCCCUCCACACCUGCCAGGACCCUCCCCAUUUCACCCGAAGGGAAGCAGAGCCGCCAAAGACUUUUUAAGUCUUUUCGUAUUUAUUUCCCACCCUGCGUGGCUUUCCCCACACUGUGCCAUGGCUGUACCCUCUGCUCCCCAAACCAGGUUCCCACGGUCUUGGGCGCUAAAUUCCCCCAGCUGAUCAGUGGCAGGAGUGACAGGAGAGAGCGGCCAGGGCUCCUGAGGCCGCCCAGGGGACCACGCCAAGCCUCUGCCGUGCCUCUGAGCCGUGCC